GGCAAAAAGCGCACCACCCUUUCUCAGGACUACCCCGUGGAGCGGGGCGCCAUCACCAACUGGGACGCCAUGGAGGCCCUGUGGCGCCACACCUUCAACAGUGAACUAAAAGUGGACCCAGAAAGCUAUCCCGUGCUACUGGUGGACGCCCUCGUCAAUCCGAAGGUCAACCGUGAGCGCAGCACCGAGCUCCUCUUCGAGACCUUCAACGCGCCGGCGCUGUACGUCGCCCUGCAGGCGGUCCUCUCGCUGUACGCCACCGGCGACACCGCCGGCCUGGUGGUGGACGUCGGCGAGGGCGCCUCCCACACGGUGCCCAUCAUCGGCGGCCUCGCCCGGCCGCAGGCCAUCCGCCGACUGCCGCUGGCGGGCGCCGACCUCACCGACUACCUCCAGCGAAUGCUCGUGCUCGAGCGGGGCCACUACGCCCUCUCUGGUGGUGGUCAACGGGAGACCGUCCGCGAGAUCAAGGAGAAGCUCUGCUACGUGUCGGCGAACUUUGAGGAGGAGAUGUUCACCGCGUCGAGUUCCGCCUCGCUGGAGAAGUCCCUCGUCCUGCCUGAUGGUCAGGUGGUCAGUCUGAAGAGUGAGCGAUUUCUAGGGCCGGAGGCGCUCUUUCAGCCAGUUCUCCUUCUCCAACACGAAGAAGUGACUGCUCAAAGUGGUGGUGAUAGUAGUCUUGGUCUUCACCACUUAGCGCAUGACUCGAUCAACAGGUGUGACUCCGCCGUACACCGUCCACUGUACGGCAACAUUGUCCUCUCCGGGGGCAGUACACAGCUGUACGGAUUUGCCCACCGAAUGGAGAGCGAGCUCAAACAGCUGGCACCAGCAACAANCCCACCGAAUGGAGAGCGAGCUCAAACAGCUGGCACCAGCAACAAAUGCGGACAUACGAGUUAG